AAUUCUGUAACUUUCUUUGUACAGGAACUAAUCGCGACACCUUGAUGCAGUAGAAUGGCGAGGCGAGCUGUGGUUGCAUCGACCGUCGUCCUCACUUUGAUGACGGUCAUUAUACUCAGUCUCCUAUUCGACGGUAGCUAUAACCGCAGCGAGGAUGCCGCAGUGGUGGUCGGCGAUACAGCGUCACAUCGUAUGUACAGCGAAAAUAAUCUGGAUCCGAGUGAACGUAUCUUACCAAGAAAAGAAGGGGAGUGUCAACCUGAGAAACAGAUAGUGUUUUUGAAGACGCACAAGACAGCCAGCAGCACCACAGCCGGUAUCAUCGACCUCUUUGCUUACAAGAACAACCUGACGGUGGCCGUUCCACCAGACGGUCAGGCCUACAUGGACCGUACUAAGCUCUUCCAACGGGAUAUGAUUGCCAAAUUACGCAAGAGGGCCGUGAAAUGGAGAGACACUGUCGGCUUCAAUGUCUUCUCCAGCCACGCGCGUUACAAUCGCAAAGAAAUGGACGCCGUGGUCCCCAACGCGAAAUACAUCACCAUCUUACGUGAUCCCAGCAAGCAGCUACCUUCUGCGUUGGUGUACUACAAGUUCGACACACGUCUUGAGCGUAAGUUUAAUAGACAGGGCAGGACGUACACGAAUGUCCUGGAGGAGUUCAUGAGAGACCCGGCUGCAAACAUGGAACUCAUCGAAAUGAAACCAAUGGCUCAUGUUGUGCACAAUCAACAGUUCUUUGACCUCGGCUUGGACACCAAGUACUCCACGGACUGGGUCAAAAUCGAUAGAACCAUAAGGAAACUCGAUAAAGAACUUGACCUCGUAAUGAUUACGGAAUAUUACGAUGAAUCGCUUAUUCUGCUGCGUGAUUUGCUCUGUUGGACAACUGAAGACAUUCUCUACACGAAAAGAAUGGUUCGCAAUACCACGUCAUCUCACCAAAUCCGCCCUGAAACGCUUACCAAAAUCCGCCAAUGGAAUGGUGCCGACACACACCUUUAUGAACAUUAUAAUAGGACGUUGUGGCAAAAGAUAGCUGCAUAUGGACCAAGAUUCGACGACGAACUGCAAAAGUUCAGGGAUCGCUUGAAAAGCGUGACUGAAGAUGAAACGGGAUCACACCGGAAAUUGAUUAACAAAAUGGCCAAACUUAUGAAGAAUAUAUAUGCAUGAUUUCCCUUUUCAACAGCUCAUGAAGACUUACAACACUAUGGUAACUUUGACAAUGGUCUAACUAAUGUGGUAACAUGGCUCAGCAGCCAGCCAAUCAAAAUCAAGUUUUACAUCGCAGUGCAAUAAUGGCUAAGUUACCAUAGUAGUCAGUCUUAUGAAGCAGAUCUCUGAUAUAGGAAAGUAGAUGUAAGUUCUGUUUCUUCCCAGUAUAAAUUGGCCAUUCUUUGCAAACGGGGAUUUCAAGAAAGUUAUUUAUGCCAUUUUGCGUGGAUAUAUAAAAUGGCUACCCUCUUUCCUUCCUUCCACCCCACCCACACUUUCCCGCUUCCGUUUAGAUUCAAUGGAAGAUCUACUGCAUAAAACAAUUUCACGUUAAUGCAUUCCAGUGGUAUGGUCGAUUCGUGUGACAUGAUUUCUGUAUGAUGAUUCCACUUUUCAAGGAAAAUAUAAACGAGGGGGUCAUAAAUGCUAUUUUAAAGAAAUGUACUCAUGGAAUUGGACUAUAUUUUGGCGAAAGUCAACUUCCCAAAGCGAUUAUUGCCUAGACAUGGAAAUAGAUUCCAACCAUCGAUUAUAUAUAUACUCUGUACCUGUCUAAAGAUGUGUGAUAAGAAAAAGAAUUGAGUGAAAGGAAUUGAAAGGACCAAAAAUUGAAACCUCAGUGAUUUUUUUUUCUUCAUUAACGACAUGACAAUAUUCACAUCAUUCCUUCCCAAGUACUUCAUAAAGCGGACUUAGCUAUUUUGCUUUAGUUUGUUUCCAUGGCCCUCGGAAGCGGGGUGCUGCGUUGUAUUAUUCUCCACAGGCAGCACUCCCUAGAAUUUUGAAAGGUGUGACAAAAUGUAACUAAAAUGACCUACAUUUUUUACAGAACCCCCCCCCCUUUUUUGGGUGGGGGGGGGGCUUGUCAAAUUCCCAGGACCCAAAUGACCUUCAUUUUGUAGUGAAAUCUUUUUUUUUUUGCUAGUCGUAUUUCUCUGGACCAAAAUGACCUUCCUUUAUGGAGUGAACCCCCCCCUUUUUUUUUUAUCGUUCCCAGGGCCCUGAUUGUUUCCCAUGAAAAAUAUGUAAACUGGUAUAUCUGCUCAUGAGUUUAUAGGAAUAUGAUCACCAUACAUCACCCACCCCCCCCCCCCCUCUUCUGCUUCCGAUCCUCUACCCUCUGUCUGCUAUUCUAUAGUUAAUGUCUUGUCCAGAGAUGUGUAAAUAAUGGUUUUAAUAAUUACAAACUUGGUGAAAGAUUAUUUUAAAACUCUCAGGUGUACUAUUGUUGCUUCACUACGCAUGUACAUAUCACUUUAAACGCAAGACUUCGUAUGUUGUUUGUAUCUAAGAAAAAAAAUAUGCAUCGUCCAUUUUCCCAGCGAUCUGGUGCUUUAUUUUGUCAUUUUUCUAACAUCGAAUAUCAUCAAAAACUCUAGAAAAUAUAAUACUAUGAAUGGAUGUUAUUGUUGAUGUAAUAUAUUGUGUUUCAUAAAUCAGUUUCUGGCGAUAUUUUUCGUUUGUGUUUUUACUCUGCAUCAUUUUGAAGGCAAAAGGAAUUUUAAUCCACUGUUGGCAUUUUUUCUUGGACGUCCGUUAAAAUUCGUUGUGAAUUAUCAGUCUCUUUCAUUAGAAAUAUUCUGAAAAAACGAUGAAAGAGAAAAUUAAGAAGCAAUAUGGUUGGACUUUAUACUGUAUGGAAAUAUUAAUUUAUGGAAUUUUCUAGUUGACAUUUUUUUGUGUAUUCCGGUGAUUUUUUUCCAAAGAUAGCCAGUUUUUGAUAGACCAAAUGUAUUUGAUAUAUUUAUUUUAGCUAUUUCCCAUGCUGUAUAUCAAAAUAUUUGUACAGAUUGUUUGCACAGAUAUAUCAGUAUUAGUUCGUUAUCGCUCAUAAGUACGAAGUAUACAUGUUUGAUUCAGGGAUUAUGAUUUGCAAGUAUAUCCAUGGUUCAGUUAUUUCCGAUGAUAGUGUAAAAUGAAAGUAACCAAUAAUUAAGCUCUUCGUCUCAUUGUAAGAGUUAAUAAUUGACCAUUCAGUAUCUUUGAUUUAUAUUUCUGUUAAUGGAUUGAAGGGAAUUGGGGUACUAACUAAUGUAUAUUCAUGAUGAUGGUGGUAAUAUCAGUAUGAUGAUGAUGAUGAUGAUGAUGAUGAUGAUGAUGAUGAUGAUGAUGGUGAUGAUGAUGAUGGUGAUGAUGAUGAUGAUGAUGGUGAUGAUGAUGAUGGUGAUGAUGAUGAUGAUGAUGGUGAUGAUGAUGGUGAUGAUGAUGAUGAUGAUGAUGAUGAUGGUGAUGGUGAUGGUGAUGGUGAUGAUGAUGAUGAUGAUGAUGAUGAUGAUGAUGGCGAUGAAAAAGAAAAGGGUUUUUAAUAAACGAGGUGUAUCGUCUGAUUCAAUCCAGUUGGCCUACUCUUGUGCACAAAAUGUUGAUGAUUACUUUUGUCUAAGAAGUGUUUUCAUUAAAGGUCAAAUCCACCAUCACAGUAUCUUGACUAACCAAGCAUAUCUCUGAAAGUUUCAUUAAAAAUAGGAUGUAGAAAAAAUAUGACAUUUUGAAAUAUUCUUUGAUUUCAUAAAAUAGUAAUAUGCAUAACACAUCUAUUAUUCAAUAGAGGGAAUCGAUAACGUCACCAGUUUCAUGAUCUUUUUUUAGAAACUGUUGUUUUAUAGAUUUCUUUGAUAGUGUAUCGAAUAAGGAGAACUGCUUCAUUUUUCCACGCUGUUGGCCCAUAAUUUUUGGUCACAAUUUUAAUCUUGAACGUACUUUAAUAUUUUUAGAUAUGGGUAAUAUGAGGUCAGUAAUCAAAUAAAACUUUUUCAUUUUUUAUCAUGUUAUAAUAUAUCGUCCUGUGGUUGUUUAUAGGGCUUACGCUUUCCCUGAUCAUGCUGAUAACUAAUAUUUUCGCUACUUUGUAAGUUUCCUUGCUUUCUUAUGGUUCGUGUAUCUGUUAAUUUCCGCAAUUUAAUAUAUACUUGUAUUUAUAAAAGCUUUUUAUAUCUAAUAA